AAGUUUGACUGGAAUCUGUGAGGCUAUAAUUUCUCUGUCUUCUGACACUUUGUCAUCUCACUCUGGACACUUAGAAGUUGUCUACAUCAAUACAACAACCAGUGAAGAACUGUCUAAUGUUGACCAAUGCAAGCAAAUUGAUCCUGGGGAUGAAGUGAUCCAAGUUAAUGAUCAGACUGUGGUUGGGUGGCAGUUAAAGAACCUAGUGAGCAUCAUGAAAGAAGAUCCACGUGGGGCCCGCGUGACCCUGAAGAAGCAUCCUCAGAAUAUUACUGGCAAUUCUUCUUCAAUUGUGAAGAAUGUGAGGUGGGAGCCUCAUCCGCUUGAGGGUUUGGGUGCAACAGGGGUGAGCAGACCCACAGAAUCUGUUAGCACCAUGACCGUGGACCAACAAACCCAAGUGGAACAAGAGAGAUUCUUUCAUUCACCCUUGCCUGGACAGCAUAGGCCCAGGGAUGACAUACCAAGAAUAUCUUAUGAAGACUUCAGCGAACCUGGUGCUGGAAGAUCUGCCGCAGGCAAACCUAUAAGGAGAGAACAUGCACCUACCGGCUUAUUUGUGGAACCUGGAACCUUGAAAUACUACACAUUAGUCGAAGGUGAAGGCCGUCCGACUAGCAGCGAGCAUCGAAGAGGAAGAUCUACCAGCGUUGGAAGAAGAGACAGGACUCAUUUCCAAGCUGAACCGAGGCCUGUCUCCAUGCCCCCCGAAUAUGGCUGGGUGAGGGAUUCCAGAGAACAUGGAAUGCACAGGCGAAGUGGCAGAGCCCCAGAAUCUGAGAGUUCAAUGAUGCAAUACCUGGGUGAUGACAGGAUGUUGGCGUACAGAGAUGAAUCUUCAAAGCGUAAAGAAAAGAAGGAUUCAAGCCGAAAGUCUAAGAAAAAAAGCAAACAUUUAAGCAGCUCUAACUAUCCUAUCCAUCCGCCUAUGCUGUCCUCUGCUGCUGGACCACGAAUGGACUCCAGACAGCCUGAUGUCUUGAAUUUUACCAUGCCUGAGGGCCGGGCUAUGGCAGUGUCUCAGAGAGGUGGAGACAACAUCCGUGGAGAUUCUGACAGAUAUGCUAGCUCUGGUGCUGACCGUCAGGGAGGCAUAUCCAUGAAGAAGUCUUUCCACUACACUUCCUUGAGAGAAAAAACCAAGAAAUGGUCCAGAGGGAGUUCUUGGAACAGUGGAAGCCGAAGACGCAUCUCUUGCAAAGACUUGGGUCAUGGAGACUGUGAAGGCUGGCUGUGGAAGAAGAAUGAUGGCAAAGGCUACUUUACCCAGAAAUGGAGAAAAUACUGGUUCAUUCUAAAAGAAUCAUCCCUCUACUGGUACACCAACCCCGAUGACGAAAAAGCCGAAGGAUUCAUCAGCUUACCUGAAUUCCGCAUUGACCGUGCUAGCGAGUGCCGAAAGAAAUAUGCUUUCAAAGCUUGUCACCCCAAAAUUAAGAGCUUCUUCUUUGCUACUGACUGUCUGGAAGAAAUGAAUCACUGGAUGAACCGUCUGGGACUUGCAGCCAUCGGUUAUUCCCCUGAUGAAAAAGAUAUCCAACCACGUGAUGAUUACUGGAGUGAAAGCGAUCACGAUGAUGCUGAAGGCUCUUUGACCUUGAGACUGGAAGGUGCCAUGGCUCUCAAUGAUGUCAGUGUCAGUCAUCGACCAUCCUCAGGGACUUCUUUAAGUCCAUUCCCAGAAUCCAAACAUCUUUCGAGUCCCUACUUGGAACCUCCACACCUUUCGACUGCAUUCCUGGAACGCAAACACCACGCAAGCCAAUUCCCAGAACCAAAACACCACGCAAGUCCCUAUCUGGAACCACCACGCGGCCCAAGCCCAUUCCCUGAUGUCAAACGCGGCCCAAGCCCGUUCCUGGAACCCAAACGUGGCCCAAGCCCAUUCCUGGAACCCAAACGUGGCCCAAGUCCAUACCUGGAGCCCAAACGUAGUGCAGGUCCAUUCCUGGAUCCUAAACAUGGCCCAAGUCCAUUCCUGGAACACACACACGGUGGUGCCAACCCAUUCCUGGAUCCUACACUUGGCACAAAUCCAUUCCUGGAUACCAAACGUGGUGCUUGCGCAUUCCCAGAAACCCAACGUGGUGCCAGUGCACGCCCAGAGCCCAAACGUGGUUCAAACAUGUUCCUGGACCUCCAACGCGGUGCCGGUCCUUUUCCAGAUUCCAAACGUGGUGCAAGUCGGUUCCCAGAACCCCAACGUGGUGCCAGUCUAUUCCCAGAGCAUGGUGCGAAUCCAUACCUGGAAUCCAAACAUGGUGCCAGUCCCUACCGAGAAACCACUCACCGUGGUACAAGUCCUUUCCCGGAAAUCAAACGUGGUGCAAGUCCCUUCAUGGAAUCCAAACCUGGUGCAAGUCCAUACCUGGAAUCCAAACGUGGUGCCAGUCCAUAUCUAGAAUCUAAACGCGGUGCAAGUCCAUACCUGGAAUCCAAGCGUGGUGCCAGUCCAUACCUGGAAUCCAAACGCGGUGCCAGUCCAUUCCCAGACCCCAAACGUGGUGCAAGUCCAUACCUGGAAUCCAAGCAUAGCCCAGGUUUUUGCUUGGAAUCCAAACAUGGUCGGCACUUUUCGAGUGAGUCCACCUAUUCUUAUUCUUCUGCUGAAGAGGCUCGACAAGAAGCCACAGGAAGUAGGGAUCCAUCUAGCCACAGAAGGCUCCAUGGUGAAAGGCGCUCCUGGCAAGACCUCAUUGAGACACCGCUGACAAGUUCCGGGCUCCAUUUUCUCCAGACCGGUCCCAUCGAAGAUGAUUACGUGUUCGGCCUAACUCUUAUGUCACCAGAAAAGCGACGACAGGCAACCCUGCCAGCCCAGAAAUACAACAUCAAUGACCAAGAAGGGCCUUUCCCACUGAUUCCCUACCAGCAGGAUCAUGGGUCCCAUGCAAGGCCCCAAAAGCAACGUAGUCAGAGUCUGCCUCGCAACAGAGAUGUCAGGAGCAAAGGUCAAAUAAAGGCAUCAGAGUUAACAGAGAUAGAGGAGGACCAAUUUCUCAUUAAGAAACAAAGUAGUUUCGAUGAGGAAGGAAAAUUUGAUGCUUCUGGAAGUUCUUGAUCAACAACCUUGGAGGCUGACAUCAUUUCUGUAACCACAGAAAUAGUCUGGACUUCAAAGCUUACAGUACUGCCCAACAAUGGAACUAAAUCCACCUUUAAAAACAACAUUUUUUCAAUCAUUUGCUCUCUGUGCUUAUAAAACCUUUUAGUCUGUUAGCUGAGAAUAUCAUCGGUGAACUAAAUAUCACCCUUUUUGAUGCAUAGUAGAAACUAGAUGGAUCAAUUCUUAAAGUAGCCAUCGAUGCAAACUUUUUUUCGCUACGACUUCGUAUUUCUUCAAUUUAUUGACUGAGAAUGGAAAAUUUUCUUAUCCUAACACCAGACCCCCAGCAUUAUACACUUCAGUCUUUAAAAAACACUUCUGAGAUGCAAGUAUUCUGAAUUAAAUAUUGUCUUUGAUUUUUAUAUCGUCGAUGUGUUUUUUGCCAGUCCUUGUCACUGGGAGGAUGACUAUAUUCUUUCUUUGUGUCAUCACUAAUCCCUCAGACUGGCCUUGUGUUUCAAUUUCAACAAUAUAUGUGUGGCUGAAAUUCUUAUCUAUCGGGGUCCUUAAUUUUCCAAACCAAAAUUUUUCUGCAUGGAGGUAAAAAGAACUUGUGAACUGUAUUUCAGAAAAUGCAAAGGAAAAAAGCGAUAGUUCUGAUGGGUUACAAGAACUGUACAGGUCUUUGGAAAAAGUCAGUUUGUCAGCCUUUGGAGAACAUCGGCCUUCUACUAAGCAAGAAUUCAGAAGGUCUUUUAUAAAACGAUGCAAUGAUCCAUUUAUCAAUCAAAAACUUCAUCACAUCCGAGCGCUCAGGAGUACUUUAAAAGCAAAAGAAAGAGACCUGAUACUUAUCGACAGCCUUCUGGAUGAUCCUGACUUUACAGCAGAAAGCUUCAGAGAGUGGAAGGAAAGGAAUCAUGAGUUUUUCAUGGACAUUUAUAUUUCAAACCGAUCUCCUUUCAUUAUCUCAUCAGCUAUGAAUGAAAAAAGAAGACAGCAAAUCAUCUGAUUUUGCUAACUGAGAGACUUGGCUUGUAUUAUCUUUUCAACAUGGCUAAUACAACAUUUCAUAAAGUUUCGGGUUUCUUUAACCAACAGAAAUUUUAACUUUUGUAGUUAGGAUGUGUACAUUUUUUAAUUCUUCUCUUGAUCCAUUUCAUGAAUAUAAGCAUUUCCUUCCACCGGUACGAACUGUAACCCAUCCAUGCCUUCUCUUCCUGUGGCAUUCUAGUCCUUUCAUAAAUCCUUCCUUCAUCCUGGAUCUAUCCAACCCAUCGGAAGCCUCCCUGUAGUGCUUCUGACAUUUCAUUGGUACAAAUGCAGCGCUCGAACCUUCCAUCCGUUAUUCCACUCUCAUCACAUGACCAGUCUGCAUCCUCUUCGGACCAUACACUUCUUUGAUGAUGUCUUUAUACAUUUCAUAAAGUUUCCAUCUCUCUAUGAUCUCAAGGUAUAUUUCUUCUUCUCAACACACCAUCACAAUUCCAUACUCCAGACAGUAAGAAACAGAGUCCUAGAAGGUGUAGAUGCUACAGAGAUAGGAAAGUGUUAUCGCUUUGGUUUUAGGAAAAAGUAAAUUUCAACCCCUGGAUAAAACUUUAAAGUAUUCUUGAUUUUGUAUUUGUACUAUAUUGACAGUUAUUCACUCAGAUUAUAUAGGCUUUAAAUGUUGGUGAUUUUCCCUUUUUGCUCUUGAAAUGAGUUCUGUGUUGUAACUGGCUGUAUUGUUUUCUAUCACAGAUUAAAGUGUUAACUUUCGUGUGUGAUAAAAUUUCGUGACUUGGUAUCGUCACUGUGUGUUUCGCUCAUCGGCCGUAGACCUCUUGGCGCAGCGCUCCCAGCCCCGUAGUCGCGCCGCCGCCGCCGUCGCCGCC